AUGGCCUCUGAAGCUGUAUUCGUGCUGCCAGGCGACAACAUUGAUCCGUCUCACAUCCCCUCACAUCCCAAGAAGCCUCUCCGUCUUGGUCCCGGCUUGCGCCAUGUUCCGCCCAACGACAUCGUUCCUACAAUCGCCGGCCAGCUCGUCACAGACCGACAGAAGAAUGCAAUUCGUGUAGAGAAUGCUCGAGGAAGGUACACCCCCCGUGUCGGUGAACUCGUCAUCGGAACCGUCCAGCGCAGCGCCGCAGAGAUCUUCUACGUAACCCUCUCCGACUACACCGCUCCCGCUCUCCUCCCCCAGCUCUCCUUCGAGGGCGCCACAAAAAAGACUCGUCCUCAGCUCGUCCCUGGUGCUCUCGUCUACGCGCGCGCAGACGGGCUAGGACCUCUGACCGGCGGUAUGCUCUUCAACGUGUCACUCGGAAUGGCUCGACGCCUCAUGAUGCCAAAGAGCGUGCAAGAAGGGCGCAUCGCGGUGCUGGAGGAGCUUGGUGCUGCAGGACUACAGUUUGAGACGGCAACAGGACGGAAUGGCAAGUUUUGGGUCGACAGUGAAAGCACAAAGACGGUUAUCGCAGUGGGCAGAGCAGUACAAGAGACGGACGAGAAGAGGUUAGACGUGGAAGAUCAAAAGAAGCUUGUCAGGAAGAUCAUCAAGGAGUUGAGCUAG